AUGUUCCCAGCAAAUCAUAAAACAAUAUUUGUAUUGGAUCACACUCCGUACUUUGGAAUUUCAACAGACAGUCCUUUGGAAUUUGAGUGUUUAAAAAGUCGUGGUCCCAAUCAUAUACCUUUAGCUCCAAUUUGUAAAUCACUAUGGACCACAAGUGUCGAGUCUUCUAUGGAGUAUUGUCGAAUCGUUUGGGAUUUAUUUCCUUCAGGAAAGCUGGUGAGAUUUGUGGUGAGCGAUCAUGCAGCACAUAUUCUCAACACUUGGAGUCCUACCCAGCAGAAUUUAGCUCAUAUAAUGAAUGGAAUGGCGAUAAUUGGAAUACCACCGCGAAAUCACCAGCCUGGUGUUGAUUACUCAGUUAUCCAUGGUCUGAGAGUUGCGAUAGAAGCUUUGACCGAGUGCUCAGAAAUUCAGCACUCUAUAAGAACAUCCUUGAAUAAAAAUGAUAAUAAAUUAUUAAAUCGUGGACGCAUUGUAUGUAUAACCAGUGCGCGAGAUGACAUCAAUAUGAAGAGUUUAGAAAAUAUUUUUUUAAAUCAACUAACUCAGCAAAAUAAAAUAGCAAUGGGUUCUGAUCAUUUGAUGCCAAUACAUCAUUGUCAUUUAGUUAUAUUAAAUAUAUUCCCCACCACUAUUGAAUCUCAAGUGACUAACCAAAGCCCCAGAGAGUUGUCACCUCUACUGACCAUGGAAGUUCAUUCUAUGAAAGCAACAGCUCUACACUCAAAAUUAUCUCAUUUAAUUUUGUCACACUAUGAUUUAUCGAGUACAACAGUAACGGGGAUCCCAAUGAAAGAGGAGCAGAAUGCAAGUUCUUCAGCUAAUUAUGAUGUCGAAAUUUUUCAUUCAGUUAAUGCUCAUUCUUCAAUUUUAAAUGGCAACCCUCAGGAUUCGGCAUUAUUAAAAACAUUUCGUAGAUUCGAAGAAGGAUCAGAAUACGAAACAGUAACAUUAAAAUGGUGUACACCUCGGGGUUGCAGUGCAUCAGAGAUGCAAAACUGCACAGCAAUGCACCGGAUAACUCCGGUAGACGUAAAUAGUCGUCCCUCUUCGUGUUUAAUAAACUUUUUGCUGAACGGUAGAUCAGUUAUGCUGGAAAUGAUUCGGAAAAGCGGCGGCAAAACAAUAUCACACUUGCUGGCGUCUCACGGUGGAGAAAUAUUUAUUCACACUCUGUCAACUGCGCGCAGUGUCCUCGAAGACCCACCGUCAAUCAGUGAGGGUUGCGGAGGACGUAUCACCGAUUACCGGAUCACUGACUUUGGUGCUUUGAUGCGAGCCAAUGUGUUGGCUCCGUUGAAACGCACAAACACCAAUCAAGAAGAUGAAUUGGUUCCGAAAAUGAAGGCAGCGAGACUUGAUCGUCAUACGCGGUACUGGCCAAUGUCAAUUUCAAGUACGCUGAUGUUCAAUUUAAAGCAAAUAAUCGAUCCACUUCCAGAGCUGAUGAUAAAAGAGGAAAUGACGAAAGACGAUCUGAUAAAAUGCAAGAAAUUGAUGUUCAAUUUAUUGCAAUUGGAAUCGAAGCACGAGAGCUUGGCUCUUCCAAAUCUUGGAGGUGGACGCGGCGGAAAAAGUACCAUUCGUCGAGAAGAGCAUUAUCGUUUGUUAUGGGAAGAGCUUGAGACAUUUGUAAAAGCACAUGCUGAUAAUUCUCAGAUGCAUAUGGAAGUCCUUAUUUGUCUUCUUGAAAUUAGAAACAAGAGCGAUAAAGAUAAAGUUGAGCUUGAUGCCGGUACUAAAAAAUUAGACGGAAUUGGAAAAGAGGAAACGGGUGGACGUGCAAGUGUAAUCCGGGCAACAACAGACUCACCAAUGUCACCGCCUGCUUGUACAGCUACUCCAGCAAUAAAACAAGAGCGAAAAAUUAGCGUAUCAAAGAGUCUGUUGGAUAUUUGGCUGUAUCGAAGUAUGCCAAAAGAUCGACGACCCGAGUUCCAUGGUCGGGUUAAUAGCGACGGACCACGUGCUAAAUUAUACCCGAAUUUAAAAGAAAUUGGCCGAGAGCCCCGUGAGACCAUUGUCGAGACCUAG